CAGAUAGUUUUGCCUUAACGCUUCUUGUCCCAGUGGAAUUAUUAAUAGAGCUCCCUUUCACUGUCAAAUUUCCGGCGGGGGAUAAAUUACAGUGUAGUUUUGGUUUGAGAGAGGAAGGGGUAGGGAGGAGGGAAAUGAGGCGGUAAAGGACGUUCUCUCUCGGGUCCCGCGCCCAAUUUCCGGUGGCCCAUAGAAACUAUAAUUUUGAACCAACAGAACUCUGCUGGCAUGUGCGAUUGCAUUUUUCCUGUUUUAACAACGGCUGUGCUAAACGAAGUGGUGAAGCCCAAAGACUUAUUUUUGACCUCGCUGUAAGACUCUGAGAAAUUACGUAGUCUUUCCUGAAACCACUAAGAGGAAAAAUGUCUGUGACAUUGCAUACUGAUGUAGGUGAUAUUAAAAUUGAAGUCUUUUGUGAGAGGACACCCAAAACAUGUGAGAAUUUCUUGGCUCUUUGUGCCAGUAACUACUACAAUGGCUGUAUAUUUCAUAGAAAUAUCAAGGGUUUCAUGGUUCAAACAGGAGAUCCAACAGGUACUGGAAGAGGAGGUAACAGUAUCUGGGGCAAGAAGUUUGAGGAUGAAUACAGUGAAUAUCUUAAGCACAGUGUUAGAGGUGUUGUAUCUAUGGCUAAUAAUGGCCCAAACACUAAUGGAUCUCAAUUCUUCAUCACCUAUGGCAAACAGCCACAUUUGGACAUGAAAUACACCGUAUUUGGGAAGGUAAUAGAUGGUCUGGAAACUCUAGAUGAGUUGGAGAAGUUGCCAGUAAAUGAGAAGACGUAUCGACCUCUUAAUGAUGUACACAUUAAGGACAUAACUAUUCAUGCCAACCCAUUUGCUCAGUAGCUGUAAUAGACCUGGACACGUAACUUGACAAACUGCUGGAACACACUUAUUGUGGUUUACCCGGUUUUAAUUAUGUCAGAGAUUGCAUCAUCCUUCUGCUUGUUCACAACUAUGAUCUUCUAUGAAAUGGUGGUACCAACGGGCGCCCAACAGCUUUUAUCCCCAUUCUUAGAGCAUAUUCUUUACUAUGAUUAUCCAAAAUGUUUUAGUUUUAAUACAGAAAAUAUAUUGUUUAAUUUUUGUUACAUAUAAAGAUUCAUUUUUAAAUGCUGAGCCUUAAAUGCAGGCAUUUUUGAACAGCCUGA